UCCAAAUCCUGAUGCUUUGAUUUACUACUGAUUUUUUCAUCAGAAAGCGCUAAUUAUGGUUUAACUCCGCUAUAAACAUCUUGUCCCGCCCCGCUAUUUUGAUUUUAAUUCAACUGAAACUUAAACCAGGCUAGCGCAACACUCGACACGUAGCGUCGUCCUCUCGGCCACUUUCACCACCACCCACCAGCAGCAUAGCUUCCUCUUUUUCCAUAGAUGGAAUCGUGGAAGCUCAGCCUCUCUCUCUCUCGCAGUGCACCCACCACCAGUCCACCACCGCCACUGUCCUCUCUCCCUUUGGGUCACUUCUCUGUUCCCUCCUCCACCAUUUUCCCCAUCAGCUCUGCAAGCUGCGUGCUGAUGCGGUCGAACCUUUCUUUGUUUGGAGGCUUUCUCUCCACCAGCGCAAGCUCGACACACACCAGUGUCUAUGAAGGAUAGCCUUUGCCAUUGUGUGCUUUGCAGGGACUAGUGCCCCGCUAUUUUGAUUUUAAUUUAGCUGAAACUGAAACCACGCUAGCGCAACAGUCGACACGUAGCGUCGUCCUCUCCCCUUGGUCACUUCCUUCCGCCACCACCCACCAGCAGCGGAGCUUCCUCUUUUUCCAUAGAUGGAAGCUCAACUUUUCUCUCUUGCGGAGGCUUUCUCUCGACCAGCGCAAGCUCGACACCAGCGUCUCCCUACGCCAUGUAGGGGUGUCAGGGCAUCACUUGUGUGUCUCCCUGCCAGGAGGAACCGCACAGAACAAUGUGAUUUGACUCACAUAUAGUAUAGGCAUAGGAGCAUCUAGGCGUGCGUGCAAGGUUCAGCACGCAGCAUUUAACGUUGAGGCCCGAAGCCAGUACUGUGCUUGUGCUCUGCCCCCCUUUCUUUCUCUCCCCAAACCAACCGAGGCAGAGUGAGGGAAAGAGAAAGAAGCAUUUGCUGCUCUCCGCCGUGCCACCACCACCACCACCACCACCACCAAGAGAAAGAGGAAGAAGCAUUUGCUCCUCUGCUCCGUGCUUCCACCACCAGCAGCCCCGUCGUCCUCUCGGCUCCUUUCAUCACCGCCACCUUCCCUCACACACCAACCUCACCCAUAUUGGCCACGCCCCCCAGCUUCCUUUCGGAAUCGCAGCUCAAGCCAUGGCAUCCUUGGCCAACCUCAUGAUCUCACUUUUCUCGCUCACCCUCAUGCUCCUGCAUGCUCCUGCACCUGCGGUAUGCGACGACCAAGGUGCAGGCCUCUCUCCAAGCCAUCGCACAUACAUUGUGAUGCUGAGGCCACCCGUCGAAGCGGGCAGCGAGGACGACCACCGCUGGUGGCAGGAUUCCUUCCUGCCAACGCCUCUCGCCGGCUCCGAUGAGCCACGCCUCAUCCAUAGCUACACUGAGGUCUUCACGGGGUUUGCCGUGAGGCUCACCGAAGACGACCUCGCCAUGGUGUCCCAGAGGAACGAGUUUGUGCGGGCGUUUCCAGACCAUCUCUGGCGCCCCAGCACCACUCACACUCCGAAGUUCCUCGGACUGGAGAAAGAUGCCGGGCUGUGGAGGGACACCAACUAUGGCCAAGGAGUCAUAAUCGGGGUCCUGGACACCGGCAUAUACGCAGAGCACCCUUCCUUUGAUGACAGUGGCAUCCCGCCACCCCCAUCAAAGUGGAAGGGCUCAUGCCAUGGCGCUGCACGCUGCAACAAUAAGUUGGUAGGUGCCAAAUUCCAUAAUUUCAAUGCAAAUGAUUCCAGAGAUGACACGGGGCAUGGAACACAUACCUCGUCCACCGCAGCUGGGAACUUCGUCAGUGAUGCCUCGGCCCACGGCCUCGGCAGGGGCACAGCCGCCGGGAUUGCUCCACAUGCACACUUGGCCAUGUACAGGGUGUGCACAAUUCUUGGGUGUGCAGCCUCGGACAUAGUAGCUGGGUUAGAUGAGGCUGUCAAAGAUGGUGUUGAUGUGCUCUCACUCUCCCUCGGCCCUUUUUAUGAUGUCAGCUUCACUGAUGACCCAGUUGCCAUUGGCUCACUCAGUGCGGUAGCAAAGGGCGUUGUUGUCGUGGCUGCAGCCGGGAACAACGGGCCAAGGUCCUUUAUUGCCAACUCUGCACCAUGGUUGCUCACAGUUGCAGCUGGCUCGGUGGACCGAAGCUUCAAGACCGUUCUGCAGCUUGGCAACGGCAAGCACAUCAGUGGGGAAGCUUUCAACCAGACUGCAAAUUCAAGCUCCAAGUCCGUUCCUCUGUAUUGGAACAAACACUGCAAGUCAUCAUUGGCUGGAAGAAAUGUGGCUGGCAAAAUUGUGAUUUGCCAUAACACAGGACCAAUGAAUGACACUGGAGCAAGCAUCAACCAGUCUGACAUCAGUGGCAUCAUGAGUGCCGGGGCGGCUGGCAUAGUCCUGAUCAACAGGAAAGAUGCUGGCUUCACCACCCUUCUGGAGGACUAUGGCAGUAAUGUUGUGCAGGUGACCGUGGCUGAUGGCAACAAUAUCAUAGAGUAUGCAAGGGCAACAAGCAAAGCCAGUGGCAAAGUCAUAUACAAGAACAAUGUGCUUGGUGUCCGUCCAUCUCCCACUGUCACGGCAUUCUCAUCCCGCGGUCCCAGCACGUUCAGCCCCGGUGUGCUAAAGCCAGAUAUAUUAGCACCCGGGCUCAACAUCAUUGCUGCAUGGCCACCACUCACGAUUCUUGGAUCUGGGCCAUUCAACAUUAGAUCAGGGACAUCCAUGUCGACUCCACAUGUCAGUGGAAUCGCUGCGCUUGUCAAGAGCUCCCAUCCUGAUUGGUCUGCUGCUGCUAUCAAGUCAGCCAUCCUAACCACAGCUGACAUCACAGACAGCGCUGGUGGCCCGAUCUUGGACGAGCAGCAUCAGAGGGCAACCGCGUAUGCCAUGGGUGCUGGCCAUGCCAAUCCUAUAAAAGCUAUUGAUCCGGGCCUUGUGUAUGACCUUAGCAUCACUGAAUAUGCUGGCUACAUAUGUGCUCUCCUCGGUGAUCAAGGCUUGGCAACCAUUGCGCGUGACCCGACGUUGUCCUGCAAAAUGCUUCCCAAGAUACCAGAGGCACAAUUGAACUACCCAUCCAUAACAGUGCCACUCAGGACAAGGCCAUUCACGGUGAACAGAACCGUGACAAAUGUGGGGCCAAUAAAUUCAGUAUACACACUGAAGAUGGAGGUUCCCAAGUCUCUCACAGUGCGAGUCUACCCAGAGACGCUGGUGUUCUCCAAGGUUGGACAAAAGACAACAUUCAGCAUUACGGUGAGCAGGCAUCGCAAUGUCGGGUCAAAGGCCUUGCAGGGAAGUUUGAGCUGGGUGUCCAAAAAGCAUGUUGUGCGUAGUCCGAUCGUGGCUUCUCCUCUGUUGUAAUCAGGAAAAGCAUGUGUGACAUAUGACAUUGGAGAAUCGCACAUGUAAUAUUGUAAUUAGGGAAAUGACUGUCUUUUGAUUAGAAGUGUAUCCAUGCCUGUAAAAUAAUUGAUGUUUGGACGUUUAGCAUCCAUUGCUGUCACAAUUCUUUUCUGAAUUACUUUUUCCUUUUCCCAACUUAUCAACAGUGUUUGCUGCAGGUAGUAGAUCACCAUUGAGAGGUGCUGCUUCUAAGGUGUAAAAUCCAUCCAGGUGCCUAAACCUACCCUUUCCCUCAUAUGGGUUUAUGCCAUUGCUGCCUCCAGAUUUUUUAUCCGCGCUAUUGAUGAUAUACUUUCUGCCGAUAUGAGCUAUUGAUGAUAAACUUGCUCAUUUUUCGUUUCCUCUACAUUAGUUCCUUUCAAUGCUUAGGUUCAGUUGGGCACUAAUGACUAUUUCGGGUGCUUUGAAAUUAGAUUUUGACGAUAUUAAGGUCAUCAUCAGUCUACAUGAACAAAGGAGAGGUUUGCCUGAAUACUCGUAGCUAAAUUGGUUUUUCUUCCUGUGUUUCUUUUCUGGUCCUUUUCGUCUUUUGCAGUUGGUGUAUAUAUGUUCCGAAGCUAAAUUGAGUCUUGACUUUUAAGAAGAAAAAUACCUCGUUGCAGUAAUUGUACAGUUUAAACCUAUUAGUUCGUGUUGUAAGCACAUGUAUUAGUGAGUCAGUUUAGAGCUUGUACUAUUAGUUGUGUAUGUUAGCUCAUUCCCCUGUCACCCCGGAGCCAGGCACCGAGUUAGACCUUGCCAACACAUGAUCUCUUCUUCCUCAACUCCUCUGCUUUCUGCUUCCAGGUCCAGGUCGCUCUCCUCAGUAGUGCUACAUGAGUGAAGAUUUAUGUUUGCUACUGGAUCCGAAAUCCUUCAUCUUUGCUGAUGCUAUUCUCCUAUUUUUUCCCAUCACUUGACACUCUAAUCUCCCUGAUUUUGGUCUCUGGUUUUUGAAUUGCAGAUAGUGGCCGCAGCGUUGCCGCUGGACGGCGCACACUGGAGCUCGCGUAUGCAGUCACGACAGAGCUGCUUCGACAUCACUGUAGGUUGAUGUUCUCUGUCACUCCUGUACACCUUGAACUCUCCUCUACUUGAUCUAGAGAUUUCUGGGACCUAAAAUGCUCUUGUGUGCUGAGACAAAAUCCCCAAAUUGAUCCUCUAAUUCAAAGGACAGUGAUUUCUGGGACCUAAAAUGCUCUUGUGUGCUUAGACAAAAUCCCCAACUCUCGCCUUUAAUCCCAGCAUUUAUAUUAGGCCUAAAUCCAUAAUUUAUACUGAUGUAACUCAAAUUCCCACCUCAAUGGUUUCUGCUAUAAAACCGAGGUGAUGGUGUCGUUAAGUCCUAAGUAUUUUACUUGCCUUAAACCAUUUCACUAUUUUCUUCAUGUCGCCAGCUUUUUCCGUAAAUGAAAUAGUUGUGGUGACAUGGGAUUUGUGCUUGUACGUGAGAAAAAAAAAUGAUGGCAUGAAGAAAAACACCUUUCUUUGAUGCAAUUGCUCCUUUUUGUUCUUGCUUGCUGGCUUUGUCUCUACUCUGGAUGCAAUUGCCUUCUCAGCUCCUCCCCCUCCACGACAGCCGGCAUUGGUGGUCUCUCAGGUUACCACCUCCUUUGGUUCUUGUUUUUUUUUUAUUGGGAAAGAGAAGUGGAGACAGUGGGAAGGGGGGAACUACGGCCAGGUGAAUAACUUUGAACCCCAUUGUCCCUGUUAUAUCUUCUUCUAUUCUUAUCCCUCCUCCUCGAGCAAGUAUUCCAUUUUUUUUCCUUUCCCGAAAAGAAGGUAAAAGCCCCCGGUAUCGAUUGAAGCAAGUUAUCCCAUACCUUGGUCUAGAUGAUCCUUUCAUUCAUUGGUUGAGCUACUAUGCUUACACUAUUCGAGCCCCUUGUAUGUUUACAAAGACGAUUCAUUCCUUUCCUUUCUUUCAGAUAUCUAUUCAAUAAGAUGAUCUGACCUUACCAGAUUCAUCAAGAAGUCCAAGAAGUGCCGGUGAUGCAUUUCAGAUUUCACUAUUGUGGUAACUAUUUGGGGAAGAUUUAAACUGUCUCCCUCUUUUUUUGUGGACCAAUGUGUGGUUGCCACGCGACUAAGAUUGGUUGGCUUACAAGGUUGGCCUGAUGCUAACUGGGAUAUUUUUUCUUUGAAAAAGUGCUAACUGUGAUGUCUUAAACUUGUUUUGGUUUCCUAAUGAUGGCUUAAGAGGAUUAGUGAGUGAUUAGCCAGAUGAUUCUAGGGAUGCCAGGCUUGCUCUUUGUGCUUGCUGGGUUCGACGAAGCAGACUUCUUUUUUUCUUGUAAAGCUCUGGUCAUUCUUUUAGAGAAGAUGGUUUCUUUUACAUAUUUUCUUCCAGUCAAGUGAACGGGCUAGCAAAAGCUCUCAUUUAGUCAUGAGCUCCUUUCUCGAGGCAAGAUAGUAUGCCUAAAAAAGAAUGGAUUUGUAAACAAACCAUUCACGUUAAUUAAAUAGUGUCACUUCACAGUGUUGGAGGAAUAAACAAAAGCAGCUCUCGUUCUCCCUUAGCAGCGAAACCAGUCCCUACCUCUCAUCAGUCCAAGAUUAUAUGGCUAGACUAUAAAGCAUCCCAAAGGCUAAUUAGUGCAUCCCAAAAGCUGUCGAGGUUGUCCAGUUCGAGGGGGAGCAACAUGGAUUCUCUGUCCGCGGGCCGUUCAGAGAGGCAGCCAGUGAGUUGCCUCUGGUGAUCAAGCGGUUCGUCUACAGCGGCAACUGAGCGGUGAUGUGUUGUGAUUUGCCUGACUUUGCUGCUCACGAAACCUCAAAUUAGCAUCGGCUUAGCCGUCCCUGAUGAAAGACAUGGUGCUCGCCGGCAUCCAGCUUCAGUGUAGAACAUUUCGAAAGUAAACAAAAAUUGAACUGCCUAAAUCUAUUUUGAGUUCAGUGUAGAACAUUUCAAAAGUAGGUAGACGAACACAUGGAAGCUGAGGACGAAACCCGAUCGCUCGACACCGGAGUGGAGGGGGCAGAGGUGUCGCAGGCCAUGCUGCUCCAGGUUCUCCUCUCUAACCGCUGCUCCCACAGCAUAGCUUGCGGUAGCUUUGAUGGGAUCUCCACUGCUUGAUAUGCUUCUCCUCUGUAUAGGGGCUUCUUAUAUAUGGGCAUAUAAAUCUUAUGAGUUAGUUUUGUUUACAUAUCUAUGUGUUAAAUGUCGACAGAUAAUAUAUGAUGGAGCUAAAGAACUAAGCCCAAGUGGAAGCAGACUCUUGAAAAUAUGUUAUAUCCCUAGAUUAUCAGCUGAAGAGGUAGUGUUAUCCAACUGAGAUUGUGUUGUCUGGGUCUUCCGGUAGAGACGAGAAGCUAUGGAAAGCGAUGCCACUGCUAUUUAUGUGCUCAGGAAAAUGCCUCAAUUAAUUAAUUUGGUGCUCCGCUAGUCGCCAUGGUCGGAUGAUACUUCAGGGAAACUGAUGUUUAUCUACACGAUGGACCUGGCUAUAUUGCCUACUGCAUGUAUCGUUUACUGGGAACCAAAAUACUUGGACUGUGCAGCUCUGUUUGUUCCUGUGGUGAUUAGCCUAUUGUUUUUGGUUAUGGAAUUGCAGCAGCGAGCUAUCUCUUCCCUGUGUUUUACGGGUCAAGUCUUAUUCAACACCUAUGGGAAGGUAGGAGACUGGUACGAACCGUGAGUGUUUCAUAGAGAAAUUCUGUUCAUAUGAAGCAGAAGAAAGUCAUGCAGUACCUUGCAAUUACGUCGUGAUUAUUAGCCUAUUAUGAUGCUCAAAACCUGAUACAGAAAAUAUUUAUGACUGAAUGUUUGACAUGAUCUCAUGUCUUAUUUGCUAAUGGUGGUUACAUGAUCUCAAGUCUGACGGCAGAAGAAAGAAAUGCUGCCUGUUACUUUCACUGUCAUUCUCGCGGUUAAUUACAUGAUCUCAGGUCUCUCUCUCCAAGUUGCUAAUGGUGGUCCUAUGUAUGUCUUGGUAGACGAUGUAGGAUACAAUAGCUUCUCAUGUUCUGUUUACUUGUUUAGGCUAAAGUAGUAGAGUGCUUAUUCACCCCCUUCUCUGCAAAUCAUUCUCUCAAGGUUGCAGGCAAAUCUUAUAACCAGGUGCUUCGAGAAUGAACAAAUAUUCAGUUCAGCGGGAUUCAUAUUUUUCUUGCCUCCAUCUUAUUUCAUUAAUUUGUGGUAGCUGCCAAUUGUUUUUUCUCCAUGUCAGUAAUCAUCUUCACUAAUUCAGAUUCAUUCUUUUUUGUGUGGUUGCUACGAAAGAACAUAUCUCUUUGUUGCUGCACAUCUGUGAUGCUUUUAAGCAAAAUGCAAGAUGUUUGAGGAAAUGCCAAUGAGAACAAAAUGUGAAUAUGCUGUUAGUGGCGUUUAAAAACAUUUUCUUGCAUUUUUAAUAGUAUCAAUAAAAUGGCUAAAUUGCACAUGAGUCUAAAUCAUAUUAAAUCAUAACGGCCUCAUGUUUUUUGUCAAAGAGUUUUGUGGUUGCAUAAAUAAGUCGUGAGAACAUUUGGAUGCAAGCACCCAUCUUUCGUGAGAGAGACCCAUGCAUUUCAGUUCUUCUUUGUUUAUACUCUGCCAAGUUAUCUCAAGCAUAUGUUUUUACUUUGGCACAGGUUGAUUCUAUAACUGAAUGCAUAGGCUUAAAUCAGAGGAUAUAGCAGCGGAAGAACAAGUUGUAUGUUUGUCGAGGUGAUCUCUUCUUAUUUAUUUGACAUGAUAAAGCAUGGACCUUCUUGCUCAGGUUUCAGAUUUCUCAAUCCAUACUUUCGUGCAAAUAUCAAUUCUUGACUUGUUAUUCAGUAAUCUUGCACGUUUUCAUUUUCUCUAUAUAUCAUCAGUAUUAAAGUUCAUACAUAAUACCUUAUAUUAUUGGCUUUAGAACAUUGCAAAUCAGGGUAGGCGGUGCAUUUGGGAAAUUCAUAUUCUAUUCAAAGGCACUUCAUCGAUACAGUCAAAUGCUUCACAAUAGAAUAUGCUACUUCACUUUUUAGGUGUCCUAAGGUUUCAUAAUUCGUUUUUAUUAUCUAAAGCAGCAUGUUUUAUCAUUUUAGUUAGCAUUGCGCCAAUCACAAACCACAAAAAAUACACAUGCUCACCCAGUCACCCUUUGUAAAGAACCGCGCCUAUAUAUGUUCUGCUCUGUACUGAAUCUUGAUGCUUUGUACGGAACCAUAUGUAUAUGUAUACUAAUGGAAUACAUGCCCUGCAGUUAGCUAUCUUUGGUUUUUUAGCAGUCCUGUUGUGUUAUUUCCUUCGAAAUGGAUGAUUGGUUUAUACGUGUUUGAUUAUCUUCUUUGAACCUUACGCCUGACUGCUUAUUAGAUUGGCUUAUACAUGUUUGAUUCUCUGCUUUUUUUCGAGAAAACGCAAAUGGCCUUUGCGUUUCAUUGCAUUGGAAAGAAAGGGAAUUUACAUCCUCCUAGGAGGCAGGUUUACACAGUUGUCAGAUGAUCAGUGGACAUCCCAGGAUGAUGGCAAAACGACCCUGAGCCCUUGAGCCCCGGCCUUUGCCCAACAUCGGGCCUUGUCCUUGAUCCUGUCGACAAGCUCAUUGAGCGAUGGGCUCACAUGGUCAAAAACGCACGCGUUCCUAUGCUUCCAGAUCAUCCACGGCACCAAAAGCGCCACGGAUUUCAGCGCCUUGCGGAGCGCUGGCAGUGUGGAUUCCUUCGCGUGCAGCCACCAGUCCAUGAGCGAGUCGUCGUGCUCGGGCGCCGGUGCCGGUAAGCGCAGACAAGAUAGGAUCUCAUGCCAUGUUUGCCUAGUGAAGGGGCACGCGAGCAUCAAGUGUCUGAUUGUCUCCGGCUCUUGGUCGCAUAGAAGGCAUCGCGGGUGGUGCUGCAGGCCACGGCGUGCGAGCCGCUCCGCGGUCCAGCAGCGAUCUUGUCAUGCCAUCCAACGGAAAAAUUUCACUUUUGGCGGUGCCCGGCUCCUCCAUAUGAGCUUCCAGGAGUGGCAGCCCGUCGCUCCCAGGAAGGUUGCCCGGUAGCAAGACUGAGCGGUGUACACGCCGUUGGCGGUCCAGCUCCAGAGCAGCUUGUCCGGCUCGUUGGACAGCUCGACAUGCUGCACUAGGUGCCAUAGCUUCAGGUACUAUCCAAUCUCGGGAAGGCUGAGCAGCCCAUGGAUGUCGCGCGCCCAGCUUUUGACGGCCAAGGCCUCCGCCACCGUUCUCGAUUUCCGGCGAUGCUUUGGGAUGCACUGAAAGAGCAUGGGCGCUAGCUCGCGGAUGGACUGGCCGCCGAGCCAGCGAUCCUCCCAGAAGAGGGCGGUCGUGCCGUCCCCGAUGGCCAUGGUCGUGGAAGCGUGGAAGAGCGCGCGCUCUUCCGACGUAAAUUGCAGGUCCAGCCCCUGCCAUGCGUGAUCAGUGCCCGUACGCGCAAGCCAUAGUCAACGCAGCCGGAGCGCGAGCCCAGUGCGCUCGAGAUCCCGGACACCUAGGCCGCCAUAUUCGAGCGGGUGGCAGACCCGGCGCCAAUUCACGUGGCAGUGUCCACCGUGGGCGUCCGCGCGGCCGGCCCAAAGAAAACCAUGCUGAAUCUUCUCUAGUUGCUUCAGGGUUUUCUUGGGAGGUGCGAGCGCGAGCAAUUGGUGAAUCAGGACCGCGCUGAGCACCGACUUGACUAGCGCCAGCCGUCCGGCCUUGUUCAUCAGCCAUGCCUUCCAGGUAGGAAGCCGGCCUGCCACCGUGUCGACAAGGGGUUGCAGCUGGGCCGCGGAGGGGCGACGGGUGGUGAGCGGGAUGCCCAGAUAGGUGAUUCUCUGCUUUGAAUUGUAUGAUUGCCUGUUUAUUAGCCCUGGAAAAUGAAACGCUUCAAUGGUUGAUUAUCCUUCCACUUAGAUCAAAAGGAAUUUUUCCAAUAGAACUAUGGAACCCCUGAGCGGUUGCGGUUGUACCUGUACUGCAGGAAUAAGAAACUCACUAUUCACUCAGUUUAUUUUCCAUAAUAAGUUAUGUAGGAGAGAUGGCCGAACGGUUCAAGGCGUAGCAUUGGAACUGCUAUGUAGACUUUUGUUUACCAAGGGUUCGAAUCCCUCUCUUUCUGUUUUUCUUAAUUCAUCAACGUUAAGGAUCACAAUGUAUCAAAUCAAAUAGCAAUUUUCUCCAGCAAUAAUAUCUUAUAUUAUCUUACUUUUAUUUAAUAGAAAUUAGAAAUUCUCUAUAGCAAAUUACUGUGGUAUGUAAAAUUCUAUAUAUGAAUCCCUUCAUGCACGAUAUUGAUUGUACAACGUUGAUAGUUCGUGUUGUCCUGCACAUGACUGGCUCCGGACUGUAAAUUGAGAAGUGUUAAUAUAGAAGAAAAGGUAAUGAUGCAUUCAGUGGGAAGGUUCUGAUAAGAUGUAUUCAUGCUUUUCAAUGGCUGAUUUCUAAUGUAUGAGAGGGGCACCUGUACUUAGUCCAGGCCAAAUCGUUGUUUUUAGCAUAAAAUCAAAUGUAUCUUUGCAGUAUUCCUGAAAAAUGGUCUUACAUUUUUUCCCCUUGGUAUUUAUUUACUGUACUGUAUCGGCUCAGUUGAGACGAGGUGAACACGUGAUGACCGUCAUCAGGUCCUUCGUCACAACACCUGAGCGGGCGAGAUGUUCAAAGUUAAAUUAAACACUAUUAUCUCAUAUGCUGUGGAAGAACCAUAUAUGUCGUUUUUCCUGACAACUGUUAGCACUUGCUUUUGGUAUAUCAUGUUAUCAAUUCUGUGACAUGCUUAAAAGGAUGUAAUGAAAUGAACCCUGCGUCUUUAUUUGAUGAAUUCAGAUGAUGAAUCAAUUGUCUAUAUUUUGUUUUAUCUGUCUGCCAUCUCGCACCUCUAAAAUAUAAAUUGUGUAUUACCGGGCUGGCUGGAUAUGCACCAGCUAUGCAGCCUUGCCGAAUGUUUUAUGUUAUGAAGGCAUCAGCAUGGGUGUUUGUAUUUACAAUGCCUCCUUCACACUUAAUCCACCAUCAAUGAGGCAAGUGCACUCCUUUUUGUCACAGAAAAUCAAGUGAAUGUUGCAUUCACAAACCAAUUAGCACGUUUGGGUUGUAGAUACUGUGCAUUGAUCCCUACAUUUGUAACCAAUUCGUGUUUGAUUGAGUUUACUCUCUUUCUCAUGCUUUGUGCUUCCCUAGGUCGGGCAGCUCCGUGGGGACAUGAAGCCGAUGGCGAAGGCGUGAGGCGGGCAUCAUCAUUGUGGAGUUAUUUGUGCAAGUUACACCAUCAGCAACCAUGUAAAGACAUUUGCAUCAGCUAUCAUCUCAAGUAGACCAUUUCCAUGCUCUAAGUUAACUAUUGUUUAAAUUGUGAAAAAUCAAAGGCUUUUGUGCCUAUUAGUUUGUUCUAUCCUGAGCACAUGUGUUGUGUUCAAUUAGCAAAAUGUUACUGUAGACCACAAUAACUAUGCAUGCUCAUACAUUGUGCCUAUACUUAGCAUAGUAAUAUAUGAGAUAAUCAAA